AUGGGUUACCUGAAACAAAUUGAUGUCGAAAACUUCAAGUCCUGGCGGGGGAAGCAAGUUAUCGGUCCUUUUAUGAGAUUUAAUUGUAUAAUUGGCACAAAUGGCUCCGGAAAGUCCAAUGUGAUGGACGCCCUGAGCUUCGCCAUGGGGGAGCGGGCUGCCUCCCUACGGGUGAAGCACCUCAGAGACCUGGUUCACGGAGCCCACAUCGGGCGGCCGGUGUCCGACACUGCCCGCGUCGCCAUACGGUACUGCGACGACAACGACCAGGAGACCGUCUUCUGUCGGACCAUCACCGGCGACUCCUCUGAAUAUUGCAUCAAUGGAGUGCAUUUUACUUUAGCCAAAUACGUGGAAGAGCUUGAAAAGAUUGGUAUUGUGACCAAAGCUCGAAACUGUCUGGUGUUCCAGGGGACAGUGGAGUCCAUAGCUUUGAAGGACCCAAAGGAGAGGACCAAGAUGUUCGAGUACAUCAGCCAGUCGAGAGAGUACGCUGCAGAGUACGAUAAAAAGAAAGAGGCCCUGCUGAAGGCAAGAGAGGACACGCAGUUUCACUUCAACAAGAAGAAAUCUGCCACCGUUGAGAGGAAGCACGUGUCGCAGGAAAAAACAGAGGCCCAGAGAUACCAAGGACUGGUGGAUCACCUGCAGAAAAACCGUGUCCAGCUGAGCCUGACUGAGCUCUACCAUAACGAGAAGGGCAUCAACUCUCUCAACGACAACUUGAGGGAGAAACAGCAGGCUGCAGCAACAAAAAACACUGAAGUGGUGAACUGGGAGCAGACGGUCAAAAGCCACAAGAAGGAACAUGGACGUCUCGUCAGAGAGCAGCAGCACAUUGAGAAGGCGAUCCGUGCUCAGGAGGACAUCCUGUCCCAGUCUCGGUCCCAGUACAUUAAAGCAAAGGUAAACACCUCCCAUCACAUGAAGAAGGCUGAGGAGGUCCGUCGCGGCCUGCAGAAGAGUCAGAAGCUGUUGGGCAUUAAAAAGCAGGAGCUGGCAGAGGGUCGGCAGGAGAUCACUGAACUGGAGAAGACCUGGAGGAACUACGAGACUCAGGUCCAGCAACAGAGGGCCACCCGUGGGAGGGACAUUGAGCUGGAAGAGGAUCAGUUAGAGCGAUACAAGGAGCUGAAGGAGCUGGCCCGAAAGCAGGGGGCUGUUCUCAGCCAGCAGGCAGAGAAACUGCACUGGGAGGUGAAAGCGGACUACGAAAAGUUGGCUUUCGACCAGCGCAGAAAGAAGGAGGUGGAGGUUGGCAUCAAGAACAGCCAGACUCACCUGGAACAUUUGACAUGUAGAGCAGAGAAGCUGGAAGAGUACACCAAGACCUGCAAGUCGUCCCUUGAAGAGUACCGCCAGCAGGAGGAGAACCUGAGUGCAGAGCUGCAGCGGGGCCGACAGCGCAGUGAGGAGGUGAACCGGGAGCUGGGUCAGGUGCUGGAGGAGCUGGGGAACGCCCGCCUGGACAGCCAGGAGAGCAGACGCCAGGUGCAGCGCAAAGAGCUGCUGGAGAAGCUCCGCAGACUCUACCCUGAAUCUGUGUAUGGUCAGCUGUCUGACCUGUGCAGUCCCAUCCAUAAGAAGUACCAGCUGGCUGUCACCAAGUUGUUUGGCCGUCACAUGAAUUCUAUCGUGGUGGCCACAGAGAAAGUGGCCCGCGAUUGUAUCUGUUUCAUUAAGGAGGAGCGAGCUGAACCUGAAACCUUCCUGCCCAUCGACUACCUGGAUGUGAGUCCUCUGAAUGAGCGACUGAGGGAAGUGCCUGGUGCCAAGAUGGCGGUGGAUGUUGUCCAGGUUAACGCUGCCACAGGCGCCGCCCAGCUGAGAAGAGUGGUGCAGUUUGUCUGUGGAAAUACUUUGGUGUGUGAAACAAUGAAAGAAGCUCGGAGCGUGGCCUUUGAUGGGAAGGAGCGCAUUAAGACUAUAUCGCUGGAUGGGACACUGUUUGCAAAGUCAGGUGUGAUCUCUGGAGGCUCCAGUAAUCUGCGGAGCAGAGCUCGCUGCUGGGACGAGAAGGACAUGACACGGCUGAGGGAACGCAAGGACCAGCUGACAGCUGAGCUGCGUGAUCUGAUGAGGCUGAAGCGGAAGGAGUCAGACCUGAAACAGAUCGUUGCUCAGGCUCAGGGUGCUCAGACCCGCCUCAAAUACUCCAAAACUGAACUGGAAAAUGUUCGGAAAAAAACCAUCCUCACAUGCCAAGCGGAGAUUUCUCGUAUGGAGAGUGAAUUAGCAAACCUGGACUCUCAGAUCCAGAUGCAACGGGAAAGUGUGGAGGCAAAGGAUGCAGAGAUGAAGAACAUCAGAGGGCAGAUCGACAAGAUAGAGGACUUGGUGUUUUCUGACUUCUGUGCUGAGAUCGGUGUGGACACCAUCCGUCAGUAUGAGCAGGAGCACCUGAAACAGCAGGCAGAGACUGACAAGAAACGGCUGGAGUUUGAGAGUCAGUUUACUCGCCUGAAUGCACAGCUUGAGUAUGAACAAGGCCAACUGGAGCAGCAGCAGAAGAAGAUCCUUAAAAUGGAGGAGGCAUUCAGCAGGGAGGAGAGAACCAUGGCAGAGCAGAAGAAGGAUGAGGAGAAGCUGCUGGUGGCAGUAGAGGAAUCUCAGAACAAACUGCUGGAGCUGAAGAACCAGCUGCUGUCUAAGAAGAGCCAAGUGGCUGCUGCCAAAGCUGAGCUGGACCAGAAAACCCAGAGCUUUCACGAGACCAACAAAGAGUUGGUGAAGCUUCAGCGGGAGGUGAUGUCUGCAGAGACAGCUUUGGAGCAGAAGCGUCUGGCCAGACACAACUUACUGCAGGCCUGCAAGAUCCAGGGUCUGCCCAUCACUCUGCUGUCAGGGAGCCUGGAUGAAAUCAGUGAGGUGCAGCUGGACGCAGAGUCUGAAAGCACCUUAGUCACCAUGGACGUGUAUGAGAGAGAGGCACAGCUAGUCAUUGAUUAUUCUGAAGUGGAGGCCGAGCUCAGGAGACUGCAUGCAGAGGAGGAUGUGGAGGCUUACCUAGAGAGGCUGAAGGAGUCAGUGUCUUCCAUAGAAGGAGUGCUACAUCGCACCACUACCCCCAAUCUGAAAGCUCUGGAAAAGAUGAGGAAGGUGAAAGACAAAUUGCAGGGAGUGACAGAAGCCUUUGAUGCCAGCACCAGAGUAGCCAGGAAGUGCAGUCACGAGUUCGAGAAAGUCAAAGCCCAGCGCUUCCACCUCUUCAGCCAGUGCUUUGAGCAUGUGUCUGUCGUGAUCGAUCAGAUCUAUAAAAGAAUUUGCAGGAACAACAGUGCUCAGGCCAUUCUGAGUGCAGACAAUGCAGAUGAGCCGUACCUCGGAGGUAUCAACUACAACUGCGUGGCACCGGGGAAACGCUUCAUGUCCAUGGACAAUCUGUCUGGUGGAGAAAAGGCCAUCGCUGCUCUGGCCCUGGUGUUCGCCAUCCACAGCUUCCGUCCUGCUCCUUUCUUCGUCUUGGAUGAAGUGGAUGCAGCCUUGGACAACACCAACAUCAGCAAGGUGACCAGUUUCAUCAGGGAGGAGUCCAGAGAGAACAUGCAGAUCAUUGUCAUCUCCCUGAAGGAGGAGUUUUUCUCCAAGGCAGACGCUUUGCAGGGAGUCUACUCAGAUUUUGGUGAAUGCAUGUUCAGCCGCAUUCUGACCCUGGACCUGCGACCCUACCCUCUGGUUGAAGAGGACAAUGGGAAACCGACCAACAAGGAGGACAGAGUGGACAAAAGACAGGAUCCAUCUAGCCUGAAGUCACCUGCAUGA